AACUUUGAUGCUGAAAUCAGCGCUGUGGUGGCAGAGACUGUGUGGGACACCCCCGAGAGACAGAAACACCUGAGUGAAUCUAUAGUGGAGCACUUGUACAGGCAAGGAAUGCUGAGUGUGGCAGAGGACCUCUGUCAGGAGUCGGGUGUAGUUAUUGACAUGAAUAUGAAGCAGCCUUUCCUCGAACUAAACAGGAUUCUCGAAGCUCUGAGGAUGCAGGAUCUAAGGCCGGCUUUAGAGUGGGCUGUUACAAAUCGUCAGCGCCUUCUGGAGCUUAACAGCAGUUUAGAGUUCAAGCUGCACCGCAUGUACUUCAUCAGCCUGCUCAGCGGUGGAAUCGGGAACCAGGUGGAGGCUCUGCAGUACUCCAGGCACUUCCAACCCUUUGCCUCUCAGCACCAGAGAGAUAUUCAGAUCCUGAUGGGCAGCCUGGUGUACCUUCGCCAUGGAAUUGAGAACUCUCCCUACCGUAGCCUGUUGGAGACAAGCCAGUGGGCGGAGAUCUGUAACAUUUUCACCAGAGAUGCCUGCGCUUUGCUGGGUCUCUCUGUGGAGUCUCCACUAAGUGUUAGUUUUGCAUCAGGAUGCAUGGCCUUGCCGGUGCUGAUGAACAUCAAACAGGUGAUAGAGCAGAGACAAUGCAGUGGAGUGUGGACACAUAAAGAUGAGCUGCCUAUUGAAAUUGACCUGGGGAAGAAGUGCUGGUACCACUCUGUGUUCGCCUGCCCGAUUCUCCGACAGCAGACUUCGGAGAGCAAUCCUCCCAUGAAGCUGAUCUGUGGCCAUGUCAUCUCCAGAGAUGCACUCAACAAACUCACUAAUGCUGGGAAGUUGAAAUGCCCCUAUUGCCCCAUGGAGCAGAACCCGUCACAUGCCAAGCAGAUCUACUUUUGAUAUCGCAUUCAUUCUUCACCAUGGAUGAAGUUCCCAGGAGCUCUCUGGAUUUCCAGGAACCUUUGUUCUGUAUCCUUGGCCCUUUGGCCUGUUUAUAAUAAACAUUAAGGUUUCACCCCAAUGCUCCUCUAGGACAGCCCUAGCCAUCCUGAAAUCCAACCCCGACCCUCCAGCUUGACUUCAAGUCCAACGGGGUUGAUUGGACCUGUAGAAGAAUGAGGAGUCAGAUUAUCCUCACAAAUGAGCUCCUGUGAGAAUCAAAAUCACUGAAAUGUAUUUGUAGAUGCCUGCAGCGAUAUAGGUUUAUCCUUUUAAAGUAUGUUUUUGUUGGGCUUUGUUGAUUGAGUUGGAUGACUACUUUAUUUCUUUUAUGUUUAUAUAUUUUUUGACAAACAGUUGAAUAAAUAAAAAUGGAUUUAGUGUCUGAGUAAAUGGGUUAGAUAAAUUCUUCUUUCAGGAUAGUAAUACUCUUGUGUUUAUCAUAACCCAGAGUAGUUGAGUAGCUAUUGGAAGCUUAUUAUUUUCUGGUGAAGGGAAGUCAAAGUGCGGAGGUCAAUCCUGAACUGAGCUCUGUGAUCAUUACUUCUCCCUAUUGUACUAAAGUCCUCACGUAGUUCAAAGGCUGAUGCAACUGUUAUCAGCAGAGCAAUGGGUUGAUUCAUUAGCAAUGGAGCAAUUUUCUCUUUCUUUCUCUCUUUUUUUCCUGACUGAAUGCACCAGCAAGAGUUUUCCGCAUUAUUAAAGCCAUUUGUCUCAGUCUGUGUGUAUAAUUAAAAAAAAAAAUGGCAAAGACAAAAUAUGCAGUUUAAUACUGUAAAAUGUGUUCUGUUACUGUUUUUCAUCAAAACAGCUUCUUACACAGAAACCAUAAUUAACACUCCCUUAACUUUAACAGUUAGACGUUUCUCCCAAUCGUGCCAUGGCUUCAAUUUGUGUAUAUUAAGCUAGCACGCCUUGUGAUUCAGAGAUUUAAAUCUGUGAUGGUAGCCUUACCCCGGGUUUCCACGGGAGCCGUCAGCAGCACGUUACUGCAGCAGCACGUCUAGCUGCUGCUUGGCCCUUCCCACGAGACGCGACGCAGCAGAGGAGCAGCUGUCACCGACAGGGCACGAAGUCACAUGAGUGACUUCGUCAGUAAACACAACAACAAGCAGGAGAAAACUACAACAUGGCUCCAAAAUGUUUGUGUUUUUAUAUUCUGUCCGUUUUAUAAUCGCCAAUACGGACCUGAAAAACAAAGGAGACCGCUAGCUAGGUGAUAACUUCUCACGGGGCCGCACAGUUAGUAACCUUUUUUAAAGUAAAGCGACCGGAAGGCAGUACGUUCUUUAUUCUGAAAAUCUCGGGAGCUUCUCUCCAUUUCCGCGUCCGAUUUCCUGUCUUUCCUUCCCCAAAAAUGUCGAACUUGACCCGUUUCAGAGGCGUCGCGCGUAGGAAAUAGAACCGGCGCGUAAAGGCCGCGACAUGCUGCUCCUGAGACGCGGCCGACUCGCGCUGCUGACGGCUCCUGUGGAAAAGGUUCUGUUGACCACAGCCGUUCCUAUCAGCAGCUAUGACGUGCUGCUGCAGUAACGUGCUGCUGACGGCUGCUGUGGAAAGCCGGGGUUACCCCAGGUUUCCACGGGAGCCGUCAGCAGCACGUUACUGCAGCAGCACGUCUUGCUCGCGUACGCUGCUGCUUGGCCCUUCCCACGAGAUGCGAAGCAGCAGGGGAGCAGCUGUCACCGACCGAGCACGAAGUCACACGAGUGACUUCGUCAGUAAACACAAUAACAAGCUUACAACAUGGUUUGUGUUUUAUGUUCUGUCCGUUUUAUAAUCGCCAAUACGGACCUGAAAAACAAAGGAGACCGCUAGCUAGGUGAUAACUUCUCACGGGGACGCACAGUUAGUAACCUUUUUUAAAAGUAAAGCAACCGGAAGGCAGCACGUUCUUUAUUCUGAAAAUCUCUGUAGCUUCUCUCCAUUUCCGCGUCCGAUUUCCUGUCUUUCCUUCCCCAGAAAUGUCGAACUUGACCCGUUUCAGAGGCGUCGCGCGUAGAAAAUAGAACCGGCGCGUAAAGGCCGCGACAUGCUGCUCCUGAGACGCGGCCGACUCGCGCUGCUGACGGCUGCCGACGGCUCCAGUGGAAAAGGUUCUGUUGACCACAGCGGUUCCUAUCAGCAGCUAUGACGUGCUGCUGCAGUAACGUGCUGCUGACGGCUCCCGUGGAAAGCCGGGGUUAUAGUGUGACCUGCAUUUACUGUGGGCUUGUUACUACAUUUUACUUGUGAAUGGAUGAAGUCCUCUUUACAGUGUGGCUGGGUUUUUUUUCUUCAUAUUUACUCACAUGCCACUGCUGCUUUAGCUUAAUUUGAGCUCAAGUCAGGAAAGUUCCUCUCAUUUCCUCAGGUAAACACUUCAUUGAACACUUAGCAGUUAUUAUUAAAACUGUAAGUUUCCAUAGAGAGGCUUCAACAAAGAUUACAUGUAUAACUGAGGUUAAUAGUGGGAAUUUACUGGAGUUUGUAUAUACUUUUUGAUUGUUUCAUGUUGCAGCCUUUGUGUGACCAGGGUGUGAAGGCAGCCGAAUGUGAAAUUUCCCAGUAUCUUGUAAAUGUUUCAUCAACCCCACUGCACCAGCAUGGCUUGCUCUGACAUCUUCUGGAGUUUAAAGAGAAACAUUUGAUCUUGCUUUUAUAUUGAGCCCCCCCCCCCUCUCCAUUUGGUUUGACGGUCACUUACCGACUUUUAAUUUUUCCCACCAGACUGCAAUCGCUUCAUACCCCUGUCCUCUUUUUAACUUUGAGUGUGAGCGUUUCCUGAUUUUUGUGUGAUACACAACCUUAACUGUAUAAAAAUAUCCUCAAACAUGUUUCAUCGACUUGCAUCUGAUAUUAAAAAAGAAUAUAUAAACUUGUUAGUUUUUGAAAGCUCUUCCU